AUAGACUUGUUUUAGCUGUUUAUUGUGGUUUGUUCUCAAAAUGUAUGAAACAUUAUAGUUUGUAUUUUACACAGUAGACAUUCCAUAUCCAUCAAUGUGUCGUAGGGAAGGGGUGUCAGUCAAGCUGAUCAUAAAUGCCACCCCGUAUGCCAGUUUGGAAUAGCUAGCUAGGCAGGCUAGCUUGCUAGCAACAGGGCUUGUCAACGUAUGGACGUGUGAUUCCAUCGUCCACUUAUUUUGCUAGUGCUAGUCUAGCUAGUUAGGCAGCCAGCUAAGUAAAUAGUGAUUCAGUAUCGUGGCCGGAAUAUAUUCAAGCUGCCCGCUUUUACCCCGCUUUGCUUUACUUCACUUUACCUUUAAUAACCCGUGAAAAAGGCGAAUGUGAUCGUCAUUGAGAAGAGAGUGAAAUACGUUUCUAUUGGCUGCCUUGAUCCUCGACAGUUUCUAUUGGCUCCAAAUCUGCGGUGCUGGGACCCGAUGUCGCCGUGUCGAGAGGCGAACAGGCUGAGACAGAGCACGCCGUAACCAAGGGGAACCAGAGAGAGACCGAGAGAGAGAGAGACCGAGAGAGAGACCGAGAGAGAGACCGAGAGAGAGACCGAGAGAGAGACCGACAGAGAGAGAGAGAGAGAGAGAGAGAGUGUGUGAAGGGAGUGACUGACUCCCAGAGCCUGCACCAUUUCAGUAACAGAUUCCUGUGGAACCCGACAGCCAGACGGUUGCCAUGUCGACCUCAUCGCUACGGCGACAAGUGAAGAAUAUCGUCCAUAACUACUCGGAGGCUGAGAUCAAGGUAAGAGAGGCCACGUCCAACGACCCAUGGGGCCCCAGUAGCUCCUUGAUGUCGGAGAUCGCAGACCUGACCUACAAUGUGGUGGCCUUCUCUGAGAUCAUGAGCAUGGUGUGGAAACGCCUCAACGACCACGGCAAGAACUGGAGGCACGUCUACAAGGCUAUGACUCUUAUGGAGUACCUUAUCAAGACGGGCUCGGAGCGCGUGGCUCAGCAGUGCAGAGAAAACAUCUACGCUGUCCAGACCCUGAAGGACUUCCAGUUCAUCGACAGAGACGGCAAAGACCAGGGGGUGAAUGUACGGGAGAAAGCCAAGCAGCUGGUGACUCUGCUGAAAGAUGAGGAGAGAUUACGUGAGGAGAGGGUCCACGCGCUCAAAACCAAAGAGAAGAUGGCACAAACCACCAGUGCCUCCUCGGCCCCCCCAGCGCCGGGUCUGGGUGGCAGCCUGUCGUUGGGCUCCCACUCCGGAGGGGCAGACCCGGAGCAAGCCUGGCCUCAGAGCUCCGGAGAGGAAGACCUGCAGCUCCAGCUGGCAUUGGCCAUGAGCAAAGAGGAGGCGGAGCAGACUAGCACGGCCCCCUUGGAGGACGCAGAGCUCCACUAUGCUCUCUCACUCAGCAAGGAGAUACACCAAAAGGAGGAGAGGCUGCGCAGGGGGGAUGACCUGAGACUGCAGAUGGCCAUCGAGGAGAGCAGGAGGGAGAAGACUAAACCAGAGAGUGCACUUAUGGAGCUGAGUGCUGUAGACCCCUGGGGAGCCCCUGCUGCUGCCCCCGUCGGCUCUGCCGGCCCCUCUCCCCCUCCCACAGUCGCUGCCCCCUCGGCCUCGGGCCCCUGGGGCCCCCCGGACCCCUGGGGAGCCGCCUCGCCGUCCUCGCCCCCCAGCGCCGACCCCUGGGGUGGGGGGGCCCCGCCCACGAUAGCUCCGCCUCCGGACCCCUGGGGAGAGAGCUCAGCCAGAGUGAACAACGUGGACCCCUGGGGACCCUCAGCUGUGACCCCCCCCAGUGCCGACCCCUGGGGACCCCCAGUGCCCCUCAGCUCCUCCUCCUCGGGGGGGCCCGUAGACCCCUGGGCAGGAGAUGGGGUUGCCUCUGACCCAAUCACCUCUGACCCCUGGAGUGGCCUCGCCAAACACACUAACGGCACAGGAGACCCAGAGCGACGAGGCUCCUCUGUAACCGGUGGCGACAGCGCGGGGUCUCCGGUGCCCUUUGACCUGUCGUCUCUGGGCUCGGCUCUUCCUGUCCGGAAGACCCCGGAGUCGUUCCUGGGGCCCAACGCAGCGCUGGUGGACCUGGACUCCCUGGUGUCCUCCAAACCCAAGCCCAAGCAGCCGCCCCCACCCUCCAUCUCGUCCUCCGCGCACAACCCCUUCCUCCAGACCACAGGCUCGUCUCCGGCCCCGGGCAUGGCCGUCACCCCAGGCAGCACCAUCUCCAGCCGGGGAGUCUCCCCAACGCCUCCCCCCUCCUCCAACCCGUUUGGCGUGGCUGCCCCCAUGGCCUCCAUAUCCCCACAGCCCUCCUCGCUGGGCCUGAGCGCCCUCCGUGCCAGCCCUGUGCCACCUAACCCCAUGCUGGGCAUGGGGCCCAUUGGCAUGGGGGUAGGGAUGGGCGCCCCUGGUAUGGGCCUUGGCAUGAUGCAGGCCAGUCCCAUGGGCAUCCCCUACGGGGGGCUGUCGCCCAUGGGGGCCCCCGGAUCGGCUCUGUUCAUGGGGCCCGGAGGUGCUGCUCCUCCUCAGUUGAUUUUGGGGGGCCCCGCUGGAGUAGGAGGAGUGAUGGGGGCCGGGGGGGCGGUGGGGGGCGGAGGAACGACAGGAGCCAGCACCAACCCGUUUCUUCUCUGAGGAAACCACCACCCCCUCCCCCCCACGUCCCUCCCCCUCUCCUGUCUUACCUACUGCCCCCAAUCGAUCCUCCUUCAACACAAACAGUUUGUGUCCAAAAAGAAAUGUGUACAUUUCGAUAUUUAAAGAAAAACAAUGAAAUUUUACGUAUUUUUUUUCCUUUCAAUCAAAAGCAUUUCACUUUAUUUUAUUUACAUUUUUAUUUUAUUUUUUAUGUGGUUUCUUUCAUUUCAAAGUGGUAUGUGGGUGAGAACUAGAAGUUUAUUUAUUUUUGCUUACAAUAAUUUUUUGUUUUUAAAUGUUUUGUUUUUUCCCCCAGUCCUUUCUGAUAUAAAGCUGGGUUUGUGAGGACAGGGAAAUCCCCCAGAACUCAUCACUCUGCAAGAGCCUAAUAUUCCAGCACUGACAGAGAGAGAGAGAGAGAUGGAGGGAAUGGGGCACAGCCACUAACAAACUCAACUGAUUCAAACUCCAUUACCUGCCUCUUCUCUUUUCCUCUUAGAUUAAGAGAAAAGAUAAGCACUGAAUCGAGUGCAUGAAGGAUUUUUAUUUUUUGGAACUCCUCGCUGAGUUUGGGACUGGAAAAAACUUACAUUAACAUUUCUGGCUCAAUGUGGUCAAAUCAUUCAGUAGCUAUUUUACAAUUUAAUUUAAUGUUUAUUGUAAUUUAUAUUUUGUUUUUAUUUUUCCGCGUCCGGAGGAGGAAACUCGAUCGUUAUGCGAUGAAAUCAAAUGAUUAAAUCUUUUUUUUUUUUUUGCUUCCAGGUUUUUUGAUAGAAAUCAAAUGAGAGCUCUGACAUGAAUUCAUUGGUUGGUCAUAGGUGGAAUGUGUUUGAAUGUAUGGGCAAGAAUACAAAGGUGUGUGUGUGUGUGUGAGAUUAGGAACAUGUGGGAGUGUGUAUAAAUGCAUAUUCAAGAUAGUAUAUGCGGGUGUGCGUGCGUCUGUAUAGUUGUCUCCACUUCCUGUGUCUAGUCUGUUUCAGUGACUCGGAAGGCAAGAUACAAAAUCUAUUAUUUUUGUUUUUAAAAAUCGUCACUUGUAUCAAAGCUAUGUAAUGUUGGGAUUUCAAAUGAGGUAAUAUAAGGGUCACAUGUUUUCUGCCAAUUUUAUUUCACUCUAUUUUUUGUAUUAAUCAGAAGCAUUAGUUUUUCUCAGUCUUUCAUAUGGGAUAUAUUUCACAGCUUGGCUGUCCUUGCAUUUCAACCCUCGUCUGUCGAGGGUUGAACCACAACGCUUCUUUAAAAAAGACAAUUAUUUCAAUGAAUGAAAGAAAAAAAAAAAAACUACCACAGGGACUUGAUAACAACCAUGCUCCAUGCCGUUCUUUUAAUUUAGAUUGAUACAUUUAUUGUCAUUUUAUAUCAACAAAAAAGAAGCGCUCUCUUUUAUCGGGUAAGGUCAAAUUUUGUGUGGUGUUAACUGUGAACAUUCACAUUUGAAAAGUAAAAUGAGAAGAAAAAAAAUUAAAAGAAAUUUAUGAAAUAAAAAACACAAAGUCUA